AUGACGUCACAGGUGAUGUUGAGGACCGCCUACAGGGGGUUGAUGUCCAAAAGUGUCUCCAGCCAGAGGAUGUCUCACAGCAGCUUUGCUGGAAAGGUUGCGAUAGUAACUGCAUCGACAGACGGAAUUGGUCUGGCUGCAGCCGAGGCUCUUGGGAAGAGAGGAGCCCGCGUGGUGGUGAGCAGCCGGCAACAGGCCAACGUGGACAAGGCCGUGACCUUACUGCAGAGCCAGAACAUAGACGUGACUGGAGCCACCUGUAAUGUCGGUAAAGGAGAGGACAGAGAAAAACUGGUCCAAAAGGCUCUAGAGCGUUUUGGGGGCAUUGACAUUCUGGUGUCCAAUGCAGCCGUCAACCCAUAUUUUGGGCCCAUUAUGGACAGCACUGAAUCGGUUUGGGAUAAGGUCCUGCACAUAAACGUGAAGUCGAGCUUCCUCAUGACCAAGUUGGUGGUGCCUCAUAUGGUCAAAAGAGGAGGUGGGAGUGUCGUGUUCGUGUCAUCCGUGACCGGAUACCAACCGACGACGACUUUGGGUCCCUACAGCGUGAGUAAGACGGCCUUGCUGGGUCUGACCCGGGCCCUGGCCCCUGAACUGGCUCAGAGCAACAUAAGGGUGAAUUGCGUGGCCCCCGGGCUCAUCAAGACCCACUUCAGUGCACCGUUGUGGGAAAACAAAGACGUGUUGGACGACUUUAAAAGGCAGCUCAGCAUUAAGAGAAUCGGGCAGCCGGAGGAGAUCGCUGCCGUCAUCGCCUUCCUGUGUUCCAGCGAUGCUUCCUACAUGACGGGAGAAACCAUCACGGUGACCGGCGGGAUGAGCUGUCGACUCUAAAUCACCACAGAGCGUGUGGGUGUUAAUUUACUUAACUCUGGAAUUAAUGCUUUCACAAGCAACUUGGAUUGUUUAUGGACGGCCAAGUGGUGACAUUAGGACAGGUCAGAGGUCAACUCUCCACCCUCAGUGUCUCCAGUUGGACAACUUUACGGAAACCACUGAGACGAGAGUCUCGAUUUUGUUUUCUUCUCUGAAAAAUCUGGUUUAAAAGUUAAAAAAAAAGUUUUCUUGAUCUGACUGAUUCACUCGGAGCACUUUUGAUUUAAUAUUAAAUAAAACUUAAAAUGAUU